CCGCCCCUGCCGGUCUAUUGUGAGUCCGCGUUCAACUGGAAACCACUCUUCCAGACAAGGCACCAAAGUGGCGCAACACGACAUGCACAGCUGAACGAGUGUGCGCCUUUGAAGAUGUUUGAUUGUCACCCAUCAAUUUCUGGUUGAGUGACAAGCCUGCUGUCCAAUCACCAACAUGAUAGCCACAGGUGGCCUGCUGCGCAUGAACAGGCGCCAGGAUUCCCUCCGCUCUAAAAACCGAGCGGAAAACAAAAGGAAGCGGAAAUCCAAGAAAAAGAAGAAGAACGAUGUGGUGGUGGUAAAGGGGAAACUCAAUCUGUGCUCCCCGGCCGGUUUUGUGGCUGCUGUGGGAGUUAUAGUUCUCAUGGUGGGGAUUUCCAUGGCAGUCCUGGGCUACUGGCCCAGCCAGAACCAGCAGCAGUACCAGGAGCGCCGCAGAACUGGAGGAUACCACGCCAACAAGAUGAGCUACUCCAAAAGUCCACCUGUUUCCUCUAACUUGACCCAUAAUAAGCCUCCCUCCGGACAGACAAGUUUAUUCAACCAGAGCCAUUCUAACAGCAGCGCGCCCGAUUCCUCCCGCCACUGUGGUUUCCUGUGUGACUUCCUGAAUAAUUACCUGUACUCAGACAAUCUAAAAGUCUUCGGACCACUGGUGAUGGGAAUCGGCAUUUUCCUCUUUAUCUGCGCCAAUGCAGUCCUCCAUGAAAACCGAGACAAGAAAACCAAAAUCAUCAACCUGAGGGAUAUCUACUCCACCGUAAUAGAUCUACACAGCAUACGGUCAAAGGAGUACUCGCCUCUAAAUGGUUUGGUGAACUACACGCAGUCGAGGAGUGCUGAGGGCCCGUCGGGCUCAUUCCCUGCAAGCGGGAUGCUUACCCGCAGCUCCUGGCCCUCCACUGGACUCAGUUUCCAGAGCGAGUUAGGCGGCGAUGAUGUGUUCAGACGCCCGUCGUUGGCCAGCAGGCCUCGGAGCUGGUCCCGAGAUGUCCAGACAUUCACGGACACUGUCUACAGCAUCUACAAAGACUACAGCAAUAGCAGCGAGCAGGCCCCGCAGCCGCGACAAUGGGAGACCACCUCCAUCGUCACCUCUUCUGUGAACGCUUUCACCCUCCCUGUGAUCAAACUGAACAACUGUGAGGUGGAGGAGUCUGAGAGAGCGCAGCCAGAGGGACACUCAGGGGAAGGGGUCGUUAUUGAGGCUGCUGCUGAAACCAUUAGCGAGGAAGGACAAGCCAGCAGCAGCCAGACCGACGAGACGGACGCCAAGGAGAGGGACGCCUCAACGGCAACAACAACGGAUCCCCCCCUGCCCCAUCACAGCCACCAGGACAUAGCCACAGACACAGCUGACCAACAGGGGGUGCCGCAGGCUCAGCCUCAACCACAGUGGACCCAGUUGUUUCCUCCACCUUCACCGGUUGCCAGGGAGAUGGGGUCACGGCUGUCGCUCAACUCCCUCACGGAUCAGCCCAGGUCUGCACGCCGCUGCAGCCUGUCUGUGUCUGUGGGUCGUCAAGGCGACAGAGCCAGGCGCUUCAGCUGCCCUCGUCUGGAGCGCUCCAACAGUAAGGGCUACAUCAAACUGGCGGACCUGGUGGGCGAGUCCUUCGAAGCCCCCGACACAGACACUUCUUUAGUGGCCACCGAACAGGAAGUAGCAUUGGACGCAGCAGCAGCAGCAGCAGCAGCAGCAGCAGCAGCAGCGGAGGAAGAAGCUCAGGGAGAGGAUAAUCUGGUGACAGCCAGCACCUCUGCAGAAUCCUAG